AUGACCUUCUCGUUCGCGAAGGUCUGGGCUUCUGAUAAGGAUGGUCUGGAAGAGAUGGCGGAUGAGGAGGCCGAUACUGAACAAGCAGACUUGUGGGCCCAAACCCUCAAACGCAUCGAAGACGAACGCGCUAAGCUGCAAGCCAUGGACCUCGCCAUUGGUGAUCGCCCCGCUCGUCAUACAGCCGCAAUGGCCGUGAAGUCUCAGCAAUCUAUCGACCUUGGGGACACACCCAAGAAGAAGACUAACGGUCAGAAGCGCAAACAGUCGAAGUCGACAAUAUCUGACGAGUCAGAGGGCUUUAAGCGCUCUGUGGCAUCUGCGAUUUCCGAUGGCGAUACGACUGAUUCGGGCGUGGUCGACAAAUUCAUUCCAAGGACGAAGAAGGCGGCACGGCCGUCGACUGAUGCAUCAAGCCCUCACCCAGUAGUUCAAGGCUCGGAUGCUUCUGCACGGGAGGCCAUCACUCUUAUUGGAACCGUUCUCAGAGACCAUGGAGAGCUUCACCUCAUAGACGGCCAACCCCUUCACCUCGUCGAGAAGCCACCGCCGGCGACACGCUCAACCACCUUAGCACCUGCCGUGUCGAUUUCCAGAUCAGCUCCCGGGAAGCGUGUCUCUGCUCCCGAUGUCAGUUCUUCGUCUUCAGCUGCCGCACGUCCAGCGCUGAGUUUCAUGAGUAGAUUCCAAAUCGACCUCUCCGUGAAGCCCUCCAUACCAAAGCCCGCGCUUAGCGCUAGCGCACCGGUACAGAAGGGAGUCAAUGGAACCGUGUCGAAUGUUGCUGCGUCAAGCUCUUCCGCUGCCGGCCGCCCACAGCCGUUGUUAUCUUCAGUCAAUGCCUUGAAGUCUCAGAUGACUCCCGUCUCGAAAACCACGCCUUCGAAGCCAACGGUUUCUAAACAGUCGACGCUGAACGCUCUGAACGGAAAUAAACCUUCAACGGCGUCUAAGUUGCCUUCCGCUACACCGAACGUGUCAUCAUCUUCGAGCGCAGGCCUGGCUGGUAUAAAGUAUCCUGUGGCGCCGAGUACCGCUGAUGAACCCAAUCACCCCAAGAAAGCAAAGAAUGGCCCUUUGAAGGAAGGGUGUGCUGUUGGCGGUCGUGAGUUCCACCUACUGAAGGACUGCCCCAUCCACGCCGCUGGGCCGAAGAGGUAG